ACUUCCUGUAGUAUCAGUGCAUGUUAUUGAAUGGAAUAUGUAAUUCUAAGUUUUGUUUAACCGUAAAGCCGUAAACUGAAAGAUCCCAUCGAACAAUUAAGGCUAAGGUACUGACCAUUGGCGUAUUUAUUUAUUAAUUUCUUAAAGAACAAAAUGAACGCUAAUACUAAUAACUACUAAUAAGUGAUGUGCUUAACUUUGAACUGGAAGGUAACUCAGGUAAGUCAGAUACUACACUUGACUUAGAAUAUACUUGAUAUAGUAAGAAGCAGCCACCAUUGGCCAUUGCCUUUAACAUGAAUAAUUUUCAUUUUAAAGUCUUAAUUUUCCUUUGACUAAAUUUUGAAUUAUUUGUAUUAAAUUAAUUUAUGAAUAAUCAUCAUUAGUGUAACUGCAAAAAAAAAAAAAACAACAUUUUUCCCCUUGCACUCACCAUCUCUUUAAUUUACACAAUUUUAAAUAGAACAAGGUAUGCUUUUAUGUAUCAUUGUAUGGUGAAGUGGAAGCUUGAAACAUAAAGUAAGAAGUGGCACUAAAAGAAGAACUUUUCAGCUAAGACUAAGAGUCUUCCACAGCUGGCAGAACAAAGGUAGAGUUAACAAGAAAUAGAAAUCAUUUUAAAAAAAAACUUAAAUUGUUCGCCAUAUUCAUGUUAUUGUUGGAACUUAUACACAAAUUUAAAUUUUACUUUCUUACAAUCUCCCACUCUUCAUAAAUACAUGUUUAGCUACACUCUCCCACUCUUUUAAUAUUUCCACUGCCUUCAAUAUCUCAAUCUUAACACACCAAUUUUACCAACUUGCACUCUCCCACUCUUUAUACACAUUUUACCUUCAUACAUUCUCCCAGUCUUCACACAAUUCUACUGCCUUCACUAUCUCACUCUCAACACAUAUUUUAGUAACUUUUACUCCAACUCUUCACCCAAUUUUAACCACUUAACUCUCACACUCUUUACACAAUUAUAACCAAUUUGCACUCUUCCACUACCUCUCUUUAUGCAAUUUUACACUCCAAUUUACUAAAAUUAACUGUUUAAACUAUCCUAUAUGCACAAUUUUACUACAUUCACUAUCCCACUCUUUACAAACGUUUACUAUUUACACUUCCAAUCUUUACCCAAUUUUAGCAAAGAACAUUCUCCCACCCUUUACACAAUUUUACCAACUUACACUUCACUUUACACAAUUUUACCAACUUACACUCUCCCACUGCCUCCCUUUAUAAAAUUGUACACUCUUAUACUUCACUUUACACAAUCUUACUGCUUAAGCUCUCCAACUCUUUACUCAAAAUUUACUUAUUUGCACUCUCCUACUCCCACUCAUUAUACAAUGUUACUAUUUACACUUCCCCUGUCAAAUGCACAUUUUUUCAGACACUUUACCAACUUUUACUCACCGACUCUUUACACAAUUUUUCUAUCUACUUUCACUCCCCCACUGAAGUAUUUUUACUCUCCCGUAUUCUCUCUUAAUCUCACUAUUAGUCACUAUUUAUGUCGAAAUGGUUCUGUGUUCUUUUUGACUAUUUUGAGAAUCAAUUUGGUCGGUAAAAAUAAAUAUUAAUGGUUUAAUAAUUAUUUUAUUUGUGACCGGAAUAAAGGACAUCAUUUCUUGGGUCUUGUGAAACUAUUGUAUAAGUAGUUCUUAAUUUUUUGUUUGUUGUUGUUACCAGUUCUGAUUUAUAAUAUUGAUUACAUUCCUCGUUAUUUAAACAAAAUUCAUCUAAAUAAUUGAACAGUGCUCUAGCCAUCAAAUGAUUUAAAAAAAUGAACCAGAACUUUCAUUUGACUGAAGCGAAUCUCUAGUGAAAUAUGAACUAUACAAAGGAAAAACCUCACUCACUGACGCAAAUCCCCAUCUAGUCAUAUCAUUAAAUAUAUCUUAGGCAGUCUUAGGCCCUUUCAUGUCAUAUGCAACAUAUUAUGUUGAAAAAUAAUGUUUUUUUAAAAAUUUAUUCCCUUGAAAUUUAUAAUGUUAUUAAUUAGUUGAUUGAACGUCAAUUUUAGGCUCUUGUGAGAGUGCUUCUCUGGUCUAAUGACCCACCCCCCCAACCCUUUUUUCCUCCCCCCCCAACCCUUUUUUCCCUUCCCCAUUUGUUUCUUCUCUUCUCUUUUGAAGAGACUAUUAUAUUAUAAUGAAUCUGCUAUAUUUUAUAAAGUAUAGAACGAGUCAACGGAGAGUUUAUAAUGUUCGUAUAACGAAAUAGUAUAGUAGGCCUAUUUCUUAUUCCAUAUAAUUUACAAUAUACUCGAAAGUCUUACAUGGCGAUUGUUUAUUAAAAAAAAAACAAAGAAAAAAGAUUGCUCCACCUUUCGUCCGUUUUGCCAUCAUUUUAAGAGUCAUGCGCAUUAUCCCAAAGUUCUGCCGGAAAUGCACAUUCAGUGACAUUCUUAUUUGUAUUUAUCUCCGUCGAAAUAUUUGGGGUGGCGCCGGGGCGAGCUUCACAUGGGAGAUAAUCUGUGAUUAGCUUGAAGUGAAAGGCCACGGUGUUUGCUGAAGGUCACGGGGUAUCUCGCCCCGUGGACACCAACACUAUUUAUGCUUUGCUAUCUCCGUCCCGAUAGUGGCGUUAUUUACACCACUGGGUCAUGAUGUCGUCAUGGCGACGACCUGUAGCUGAUAAAAGGGACAGCAUCCCCGUUGCUAACUUUCGUUUUCAUAAAAUUAUUUUGGGCAAAAGUUAAUUCUUGUUCCCCCUCAAUCUCUCUCGGUUUCUAUUCUUUGCCAGGCGUUUAAAAAAUUAUGGCUUAUAAUAUAUAAUGAUCACACGAUCAAUGAUAAAUUGUAAUUAACUUGAACUUGAAAAAGACUUGAAAAUAUGUUUAUACAUUUCUUAUUCACUUAACUUAACGGGCAAGUUUACUGGUACCUUUUACAUAUGAACUAUUUAUGGUAGACUAUGGUGAAAAUCAUUGCCUAAGUGAAAUGGUGCAUGAUUAUAUGUUAGACAACUAGUGCGGUAUAAUCCUUAGUGUAUACUUGUAUAUCUGAGUUUGAGUGUUGAUGUGUACUCAUCUGACACCUUCUGCCCCCCCCCCUUUUCGCCCACCCCACACUGACCCGAAUAUUACAUAAACAACAUUCAUUAGUCUGUGGUGCUUAAUGUAAAAAAUGUACCACAGUGGACAACCCCCCUCCCCCACCAUCCUAAACCUAAAUUGUUGGACAGACACUGAUCCAACACAUGAAUUUUAAAUGCAAUGUACGAUACUGUAGCAACAUAUCAUGGACAAUAACAAUUUAUUAUAAAAGAUAUCUUUUAAAAACAUUAACACAAUUUAUAACACAUUUUCGACAUUCUUUAUUACAGAUCAGAUUCUACUACCGAUGAUAGCACCACAUCUCAUCAUGUUGUCCAACCCAUGGUAGCACCACAAACGGUCAGGGUUUACAACCUACUAUUGCACCACAAAUGUCAAGUCAACUUCUAUCCUCGCCCAGUUCCAACGGCCCAUCCCGAGCUGUUCUAACAUGCGUUUCCUAGGCAACAUGAAGUUCCGUCACCGGCUGGUAGCAGUGGUCGUGUUGAUGGUAAUGUUACUGGGGAUCUAUAUGAACUUCCCCCAAGAGAUGUCGCAAGUGGAGCUACUGCAACAGCAUCGGAGGAUGCUACAGGCACGGAACUUCAGCACCUUUUGGAAGGUGAGUUUUUUUAGUAAAACUUAAUGGCGGUAAGUUGAGGGGGGGGGGGAGGGGGGGGCCUAACCACAAUUUUCCGUUGGUUUAAUUUUAGUUAUCAGUUUUACAGGCACGGAACUUCAGCACCUUUUGGAAGGUGAGUUUUUUUAGUAAAACUUAAUGGCGGUAAGUUGAGGGGGGGGGGGAGGGGGGAGCCUAACCACAAUUUUCCGUUGGUUUAAUUUUAGUUAUCAGUUACCAUACAUUGAUCUCCAAUAGUUACGGUGUAUCAACUUCCCUGUUAUUUUGGUUUGUUGCAGCAUAAAGACGGCGAUGACUCUGAGGUUUGCCAACUGAAUGGGAAGCCGAGCCACUCCAACAUUUCCACCUACGAUCUCUUCUUCAAUACCCAGUUUAAUUUAUUGUCAAGUGGGGACUGGGAGAUGCCAGUUCCAGCGGAGGCAUUUCGUGAGUAAUACAUGGAUAAUGUAUGGGAUAUCAUGAGUAAAACAUGGAUAAUGUGUGGGAUUUCAUGAGUAAAACAUGGAUAAUGUGUGGGAUAUCAUGAGUAAUACAUGGAUAAUGUGUGGGAUAUUGUGAAUAACACAUGGAUAAUGUGUGGGAUAUCGUAAUACAUGGGUAAUGUGUGGGAUAUUGUAAUAUAUGGAUAAUAUGUGGGAUAUCAUAAUACAUGGAUAAUGUGUGGAUAUCAUGAGUAAUACAUGGAUAAUGUGUGGGAUAUCAUGAGUAAUACAUGGAUAAUCUUAAAGAUAAUAGGUUGUUACUUGAUAUAUGGUACAAACAUGUCAAAAUAAUUGUCCAAGAACUUCGACGUUAUUCAUACCGCACAAUUAUUUGACAAAUAUUCAAUGUAUGGACUAAUUGCGAUAGACUUAUUUUUUUUAUUAACAACGAAAAACUCAAACUAGGAUUUUCAAGACUGGGAAAAAAUAUGUACGAUGAAUGAACAAAACAAAUUACCAUUUAUUUGGAUUAAUAAAAGUAUCUUAUCUUAUCUUGUGCGACAUAUCUACUCACCUGUCCAGUUUUUGUCCGCAGACAAAGCUACCCGCCUGCCAAGACUGAAUGUGGUCCUUGUUCCGCAUUCGCACAAUGACCCAGGCUGGCUGAAGACAGUCAAUGAGUACUUCUCGGACCAGACACGUCACAUCUUGAAUAACAUGGUCAACAAGCUGACCCAGUACCCCAAGAUGACCUUCAUAUGGACAGAGACGGUUUACUUCUCAAUGUGGUGGAACGAGUUGGAUGAUGCUGUGAAGGUUUGUAUGUCACAUGUUUGUGUGUCUCAUAUGAGCAUGUCACAAGUUUGUAUGCCAUCAAAGGGUAGUAAUACAACAAGUGGCUGAAAGCCUGCAUCCGUGGGAAAAAACCCACAAUGUAAGAGUAAAAAAAAUGACAAGCUGAAGUGUCAAAAUAUAGAACCCGUAGGAAGCAGGCAUUCUAGCCUAGAUCUUCCUAGAAACAAAGAGAAGCAGACAUUCUAGCCUAGAUAUUCCUAGGACCCAUAGGAAGCAGACAUUCUACCCUAAGUCUUCCUUUGACUGAUUCUCCAAUGUGUAACCUUUUACAGUAACCAUUUACAGUAACCGUUUACAGUAACCAUUUACAGUAACCAUUUACAGUAACCGUUCUAUGAUUCUAAAAUUUUACUGAUUUUACUUUUCAUAGGUACAUGUUCGACGGUUGAUUAGACGAGGCCAGCUGGAGAUAACUCUAGGUGGCUGGGUCAUGCCCGAUGAAGCUAGUACACAUUAUGUGUCCAUCAUCGACCAACUUGUGGAAGGACACCAGUGGCUGUGGGAGAACCUGGGAAUACGUCCAGAGAACAGCUGGUCCAUCGACCCUUUCGGCUACUCGGGCACGAUGCCUUACCUGUGGCAGAGCGCUGGUAUGUCAAACAUGGUCAUUCAGCGUGUCCAUCAGGCGGUGAAGUCAGCCCUGGCCCAAGAGAGAGCCCUCGAGUUCAACUGGAGGCAAAUGUGGGAUGACAGGGGCAGCACCGACAUCUUCUGUCACGUCAUGCCGUUCAUGUUGUACAGCAUCAAGUACACCUGCGGCCCGAACCCGUUCACGUGUCUCAGUUACGAUUUCCGUCACAUUCCUGGCGAUUUCUCAGAGUCUCGGGCAAGGGAGCUAACCGAUGAGAAUUUGGCACAGAGUGCAGAAAUCUUACAUGACCAGUACCGCUCAAAAUCACGCUUCUAUCGCUACAGUACCAUCCUGGUUCCUAUUGGUGACGAUUUCAGAUAUGACAAGGAGCUCGAGUGGGACCAGCAGUAUGAAAAUUAUGAAAAGUUAAUUCAGUUCAUGAACUCUAAGCAAGAGUGGAAUGUGAACGUUCAGUGGGGAACCCUGCAGGAUUACUUCCAGCUGGUCAAGCAAGAGCACAUCAACUGGAAGCUGACCAACAAGGAGGAGGAGUUCCCUGUUUUAAGUGGUGACUUUUUCCCGUACUCGGAUCGUGAUGCUGCCUACUGGACGGGGUACUAUUCGACCCGGCCGUUCGAUAAGUACUUCAGCCGGGAUGUCCAGGCCACACUCCAAGCUGCAGACACCCUCAACACAUUGAACUAUGCCUAUUACAAGAAGUGGGGCCUGCUGACGGACACAAAGUUCUUCCAGCAUUCCUCUUUCCUCCAGACGGCGCGGAGAGCUUUGGGUCUCUUCAUGCACCACGACGCCAUCACGGGCACGGCCAAGGAAUUUGUCGCCGAGGACUAUGAGCAUUAUCUGCUCCGUGCCUACAACAACUCCCAGGAGGUCAUCAAACUGACCAUCCAGUCUCUGCUGUCCGGUGGUAAAGUGGAAUCCCCGGUGGUGUUCAAACCUGAGGUGGUGAGGAGAGAUCAUGUCUCUCUACCGCACAAACAAGUCAUCUCAGUGCAAGAGUCCGGGACCACGGUGGUUGUCUUUAACCCGCUCUCUCAGCCCCGACAGCAGAUCGUCCACCUUCUGGUCAACUGUCAGAUCCUGGAGGUGCUCUCCUACUCCCAGGAGGUCAUCCCCAGUCAGAUCAGCCCCGUGUGGAACCACGAAGAGGAUGCCGUCAUCCUGGAUGAUGUGUUCGAGCUGACCUUCGUGGUAGAGAUCGGGCCACUCACGCUCACACCUUUCAUUCUGUACAAGAGACACCAUCCACACAUUUCUUCCUACUCUUCGGCCGUCUCAGUUUUCAACACCCACCUGCUGGCCGCCUCCAUCCUCCUCAACUUCAAACAAAACAAACCUGAACCCAAGAGAACCGAACCCAUCGUGGUCAACAAUAAGGUCAUUCAACUGACCUUUGACCCCCAGACGGGGUCUUUACUUAAUGUAAUGGACAUGGUGAGCCGAAACACGACAGAGCUCAAUAUACAAUUUAUGUUCUACAAGUCCAAAGGCAGCGGGGCCUAUCUUUUUUUCCCCAAUGGACCAGCAACCAUUCUUUUCCCAAACAUUCCAAUUAUUCGAGUUUCCGAAGGUCCUCUCAUGACAUAUGUUGAAGUCUGCUUUGACCCAUACAUCACCCACCGAGUCACGAUUUAUCAUCACCCGAGCCAACUUACGUCUGCAAUUUUCAUUGAAAACAUUGUGAGCAUUCAGACUUUAAAAGAUAAAGAAAUCAUCAUGCGGCUGCAGACGGACAUCAAAAACCCAGACUUAUCUUACUUCACUGACCAGAAUGGCUUUCAGUUUAUCCGGCGUCGCACCAACACCAAUCAGAUAACACAAGCCAAUUAUUACCCCAUGACUUCCGGGAUGAUCCUGGAGGAUCACACGACCCGACUGACAGUGCUGUCUGCUCAGUCCCAUGGUGUAGCCUCCCUGGACACCGGUCAGAUUGAAGUCAUGUUAGACAGACAGCUCCUAUACGAUGACAACAGAGGGCUCGGGGAGGGAGUCAGGGACAUCAAAACGACAGUCAGUCGUUACGUGCUCCUGGCCGAGAGACGAUCGUCCCCGAGACAUUUGUCUUCAAACUACGCCUCUCUCUCACUACCAGCCCUGACUAUCCAAGAUAUGCUCCUCCAGCCGAUGCUAACCUACUACACCACCAUCGACUCAGACAUAUUCUUCCAUAGUUUAAGUCCGCUGACCACUUCCCUCCCUUGUGACACCAGCGCCGUAAGCCUCCGAAGUCUCGUCACAGGGAACUUGAACUACAACGGCACCAGUGUCAUACUACACAGACGGGGCUAUGACUGCGAUUUCCCUCAUGCAAACCUCCUCUGUUCUCCCUCAGACUCCUCCGUCUCGUUUGAUAAACUCUUCACUCAGUUCAGCUACACAAAUCUCCGUGAGACAACGCUCACACACACAGUGGUCAAGCGGGCAGUGAAUCCCGCGGAGAAACUCAAAAUAGCUCCUAUGGAACUGAUGGCUUACCAUUUACACUUUUAGAUCACCUACAUAGAGAUAGAUAGAGACAAUUUUACAUCAGUGAUUCCCCAUAUUAAUAUAAUAAUGCCUGGAGGACAUCAAUUCCUCUUGGGGGCCCUGACACUACUGUUGGCCCAGACACCACUGUUGGCCCAGACACCACUGUUGGCCCAGACACCACUGUUGGCCCUGUAAGCCCCAACUCUGUGGGGGAGCUGCUGGUUACCUUAAGUACCAGUGCAAAUAUUUCCUUCAAGUGACAGACUUUGCACAGAUAAACUAAACAUGUGUCAGCCCACCUGUAUGUUUUAAUUCAAAGGUUGGAUGACAGGGAUCCCCAUGAAACCACCGUGUAAUGUGAUUGUAACAAACCACUAGUGUACAUGUUUGUAACAAACCACUAGUGCACGUGUUUGUAACAAACCACGUGUGCCUGUGAUCGUAAUCAAGCACUGAUGUAUGUGAUUGUAAUUGGGCACUGGUGCAUGUAAUCAUACUCAUACACUAGCAAUAGUGUAUGUGAUUCGUAAGUGAGCAAUAGUGUGAAUUUAAGUUUAAGUAAAAUUGUUUUGUCCUGUGUCUUUCCCACUUUUUUUCACUAACAUAAUAACACUCUCACAUUCCCCGACUGUCAUAAAUUAAUGAGCUCCAAAUAUUACAUAAAUUAAUGAGCUCCUUAUGUCAUAAAUUAAUGAGCUCCAAAUAUUACAUAAAUUAACGAGUUCCCCAUAUGUCAUAAAUUAAUGAGUUCCCCUUAUGUCAUAAAUUAAUGAGCUCCAAAUAUUACAUAACUUAAUGAGUUCCCCAUUUCAUAAAUUAAUGAACUCCCCGUGUCAUAAAUCAAUAA